UAACGAUUGACUUCGAUCGCUUCGGUAUAUAGUUUCGGCACUUUUGGCGUGUCUAUUUUCAGAACGCGAACGAAACACGAACCUAGAACCAGUGCGGUGCAAGGUGUGUUUGAAUAAUAAUGAAUGACGACAAGUCUCAUGAAUGUGGUUAUGUGGUUUGAAGUGUCACUUUGUCACUUUCUCUUGUAACUUGUCAGCAGUCACUAGUGUCAUUGUUUUACGUGUUCUGUUGCUUUAUUUAUAAUUUAUCGGCAUUUUUAGGUUGGAUUGUUGGAUUUGGACUUGGAUUACUUCCAGAUUUGAUUACAAUGGCCGAAUAUUUAGCCUCUAUUUUCGGCACAGAAAAGGAUAAGGUCAACUGCUCCUUCUAUUUCAAGAUAGGUGCUUGUAGGCACGGAGAUAGGUGCUCCAGAAUACAUAAUAAACCAACAUUCUCCCAAACAUGUUUACUUCAAAAUUUGUAUGUAAAUCCUCAGAACUCUGCGAAAUCUGCUGAUGGCAGUCACUUGGUUGCCAAUGUUUCUGAUGAAGAAAUGCAGGAGCAUUAUGACAACUUCUUUGAGGAUGUAUUUGUUGAGUGUGAAGAUAAAUAUGGGGAAAUUGAGGAAAUGAAUGUUUGUGAUAAUUUGGGAGAUCACUUGGUUGGAAAUGUUUACAUUAAGUUUCGAAGGGAAGAAGAUGCAGACCGUGCUGUGAAUGAUCUGAACAAUCGCUGGUUUGGUGGAAGACCAGUCUAUGCAGAACUCAGUCCAGUGACAGACUUCAGAGAAGCUUGCUGCCGUCAGUAUGAGAUGGGAGAAUGUACUAGGUCUGGGUUCUGCAAUUUCAUGCACUUGAAACCUAUUUCCAGGGAGUUGAGAAGGUACUUAUAUGCUAGAAGGAAGGGGGGGCGUGCUGGUACCCAUAUUGGGGGCGGAAGACCCCGCACCAAGUCCCGUUCCCCCAAACGCGGGGGCAGGUCCCGGUCCAGGGAAAGGAAGGGUUCAAGGUCGCCGAAGCAUCGUUCGGGUCGCAGUGGACGCUACUGAUUUAUUUCUAUUGAUCGAAAUAUUGAAAAUUAAAUGAUAAGUUUAAUGUAUUUUCCUUAUGACUGCAGAGAUUUUUUCUGUGUAUUAAGUAAUUUAGGUUUGACAGAAAUACAGGAAUCUUGGCAUUAAAAAUUAAUGUAUGGACAUCAGUUUUCUUCUAC